UUUUCGCUUUGCCUGCUGAUGCCCCGCAGGUUCAUCCACGCUGAGGCAUGUAGCAGCACUGCGUUCCCUUCUGUUGCCAAAAAACACUACCUUGUGUGGUUAAUACCGCAUUCUACUUAACCGUGUCUCAGCUGAUGGACAGGUUGUUUGCACUUUGGGGAUUUCAUAAGUCCUGCUGCUGUGACAACUUCAUGUACAAGUUUUUGUGGGGGCGUAUGUUUUCAUUUCUCUGGGGUAGAUAGAUAGCCAGCUGGGUUGUAAGGUAACUGCUUACAUUUGAGGAAUCACCAAACUGUUUUCCAAAGCAGUGGCACCGUUUCCGCUGCCACCGUCGACAGGUGAGGGUUCCCUUUUCCCCACAUCCUCGCGGACACUUGUUUGACUGUGGCCAUUCUAGUGGGUGGGAAGCGGUGUCUUGGGUUUUGAGUUUCAUUUUUUAAUGACUAACGAUGUUGAACAUCUUUUCACGUACACGUUGCCCGCGUGUGUGCUUUGUUGGCAGGAUUACCGUGCGAAUCCUUCUCUUGUUUAAAGAAUUGCGUUGUUUGUCUUGUGGAGUUGAAAGACGUCUUUGUGAAUUCUGAAGACCAGUCCUUUAACAUGCAUGUAGCAUGUAAACAUUUCCUCCCUGUGUUUGGCUUGUCUUUUUAUUUCUUAAUGGUGCCUUUUGAAGUCCAGAAUUUUCCAUUUUGAUGAAAUCUAAUUUAUCAAUUUGUUUCUUUUUUGGGUCUGCUUUUGGUAGCAUAUCUAAAAAAUCUUUGCCUAACCAAAGACCACAGAGAUUUUUCUCCUAUGUUCUCCAAGAAUUAACCCUUUUAGCUCGUGCAUUUAGCUCUCUGAUCCAUUUUGAGGUAAUUUUUGUGUGUGGUAUACGAUGCGGCCCCGGGUUGCUCUUUUUGCGUGUGGAUAGCAGAUUAUGCCGGCACCAUUUCUUAUACAGACUGUUCUUUCUCCAUUGAAUUGUCUUGGCACGCUUGCCAGAAGACCAUAAAUGGAAGGUUUCUGCUGGAGCCACAGCUCCGUUCUGUUGAUCUGUAUGUCUGUGCCUGUGCCAGUACCGCCUUGUUUUGAUUCCCGUGGCUUUGUGUUAAGUGUUGAGAUGUGUUCAUACAUUGUUCCUUUAGUGUAAGUUUCAGUCUUGUCUUCCCAGUUAGACUGAACCACACUGAGUCCCGCCCUGCCCUUUCCAGCCACCAGACUCCACCAGGCAAGGUCUUUGGACUUUGGCGACUUCACUUUCGUCAUCUACAAAUGGAAGUGAAACGCCCUGCUCUUCUGUGUCGUGGGAUUUUUGUUUGUUAUUGAAAUAAAUGUGGAAACACUCUAAACGGUAGUGGUUUUGUUUUUGUUUGUCCUUGCAAGGGAUAGUUGCUUGGUUCUACCUGUGGUAAGUAGGUUUUCUGUAACUGGGUGUGUAGUGUCCCAGGUGAAUCACGCAGGCAGACCUGAUCCUCGGUCCAGAGCCGGCAUCUUCUCUUUCGGUUGUACUUGGAGGUAAACAGUCUGCCCCUCUCUGCUCUCUUCCUCCGGGCACCCAGCUGUCCUGGAACUAGGCUGGCGUCUCCUCCUGAAUUGCCUGCCCUGUGCCAGGCUGGCCUUGCUCAAGGUGUGGAGUGAAGCCAGCAUCCUGAGGUCCCAGGAGCUCUGCUGACUCGUGGUGAGAGUGGGGAUCCCGGCUUCUGGUGUUUUCUGCCACUGACUCUGCUGCAGAAGGCAGGCCUUCCAGGAGUGCACGGUCUUUUCCAGACGAAGAUAUCAGCGGGAAGGAAUCUCUACUGGUGGAAGUGCUCUGACUUUCUAAAGGGCCGUUUCCAGGCCUCGUUCAUCCUGCUCGCCCGGCGCUAACGGCUCUGUGUCCGCGGCCGGCCCAUCCGCUGCUCCAGCAGAGCAGGCUUCCUCUGCUGUGGGAGACUGAAAGCUGCACGGCCUCACUCAGCAGACCAGGCCUCAGUUAACCAGCAUCAGACUGUUACAACACAAAUGAUCUUUAGAAUAAAUUCCAUUAGUCAGUUAAAAUCCUCAAAGUACCUUCAGAGGGAAAAGUGAGACUAUCGUGUGUGUGUGUGUGUGUGUUACAUUAAAUGCAUCACCAACUUGUAACGAUUUGCACAGGUGUUCUCAUGUCUAGUGCACAUGCUUAGCUUGUGUAUUAGCAUGUAGAUCAUAUAUGCUUAAUGUAAGGUGUUCAGUUUUUAAGACCCUGCCACUUGGUUGCUGUGCUGACUCAAAAGAAUGCUCAGUGCCUUUCUGUCCGAGCGUUCAGGAAGUUGGUGUCGUCUUUCUGUUCUCCACAUUUUCCCAAGCGCAGGUGGAGGGGGGUCCAGAGGAUGUCUGGGUUCAGCCCUGGCCGGGCCGGGCCUCCGCCCUGCACGUCCCUGUCCCCCGGCUCACUGGCGGUCCCCAGGCGCGUCAGGAGAACAGCCCCAGUCUGGUUUCUUGUUCUUCAGCACAGAAGCCGGGGCUUUGAACAUCAUUUCUGCCAAAUGGUGAACCUCUCCCCCGCAGCUGCCGCUCACCACACUCAGCAAGCUCGCUGGGACCCCAUCACUUCCUGUAAAGGAGAAAGUCCUGGCAGCAAAGACGUGGCCGUCCCUCGCGGGGUGCACCUGUUGUUUCCUGGGCUGCCAGCUGCGCGUGUCCCAUGGUCGGGGGACACGAAGCGGGCAUGCCGGAGGUUGGAAGUGGCCCAGGACGGGGGCUGCCCCCAGGUGAAGGCGCGCCCCCCCGAGUCCUGGGGCAGCCGGGAGCCCGAGUCACCGGACAGAGGCCGCCUCCCCGCACCGAGGCCGGACGGCGGCCAGGGGCGACCAGGUGUGGAGAGUCUACGGAUCGGUGGAAGGAGCCCGGCCCAGCCUUGCCCGAGGUGCCUCGCCGGGGAGUCCGUCGGGGGCUCCGUGCCCACACAGCCCCCAACAGACUUGCCUCCAGCGGCUGGUCCCUGCCCUCGGGCCUCAGACCUCACUUCUGCAUCGCAUGGGGGACACUUUAACCACACCGAGAAUCGGUAGAAGACGCAGGUUGAAAAGGAAGAUUCCAUCUGUGGUUUUGGACCCUCUGUGCCAGCGGAUGUCACCCCCCCUUGAGGCGUGUGGGUGCCCCCGUCCACAGGGCAGCCGCUGUCCCCAGCCGUGGGUCUCCGCCGUCCUCCACGCCAGAGCCGGCAGCCCCUGUCACUUCAGAAGCACCGCCACGUGGAACUGCUCACCGAGCCUCCUUUCAAGGGCAUCUUGCUUGAGAAGGAGAUCAGUUGCAUUGUUUAAAAGUUUAAAAAAUUCAGAAUCACGCUUCCUGUGAGGUUCGAGGACCCUGUGGCUCAUGGAAGCGUAUCCAGAUGCAGCUCCGUUUUAUACUUUUCUAUCAUUUGGUGGACACACCCAGGUCUUCUCAUGUCCUCUUUUUUAAUGAAAAGUCCUAUUUUUGUAUUCAGAAUGCUCUGUAAUCUUAAAUUGCAUUUUAGUAAAUACCGCACUCCGGUCUGUUGUGUGUGAUUCCGCAGCUGGAGUUGUCAGGCACAGGCCCACUUCUGUAUUAAAAUGGAAGUUUCUCCUUUUC